UUUUUUCCGAUCUAUUCUUGUUCUGUAGUUUGUUUUGUUAUUUGAUUUUAUAUUUCAAACUUCAGCGACUGAAUUUUACACUACGAUUUGUACUCAUAUUAAUAUGUACAUGAAAGAAAUAAAAUAACAACAAUUUAAGCAUGUAUUGCUUUGUAUACGUGUUUGUUUUUUGGUUUAUGUGUUGUGAACGGCCAGUGUAGUUCUAGUUAUAAAAUUUAAAAUUUGCCACCAGAUAUAUAUCGCAUAUGUACCAUUCUAUAUAUUGCGGGUUAUAUGUUCUGCAUUAGUAACCUUUGCGAUACUUCAAGGGCGAAUGAGAAGUGUUAAGAUUGAAUAUUACCAUUAUAACAUUUGUGAAAGAUACUAAAUAAUGGCUUCUUACAAGUCGGUUACAAAGAAAGUGAUCAACUCCCCGGAAUCAUGCGUUGAUGACAAUCUCCGCGGCGUCGUGGCUCUGUAUCCCAAGUUGCAACUGCAUCCGAAGCAUCGAGUCGUCACUUUAAGGAGAACGGAUGAUUCAGGGAAAGUGGCGAUUCUCGGUGGCGGCGGAUCCGGUCAUGAACCUUUCGCAGCUGGUCUCAUCGGGCCGGGCCUGCUGUGCGGCGCGGUGGCGGGCGGCGUGUUCGCGUCGCCGCCCACUGGGAACGUGCUGUACGCGAUCGCGCAGCUUUACAAAUACAACUCUGGAGGAGUUCUAGUACUUCUAGGGAACUACACGGGGGACCGCUUGAACUUUGGCAAAGCCUUCGAAAAGGCUAAGAAUGCGGGAAUUAAGGUUGAAGGUUUUAUAGUGGGGGAAGAUGUGGCUUCAAGUCAGAAUAAAACAGGCGGCAGGGGCAUGUGCGGAGAGGUGUUCCUCUAUAAGUUAUGUGGUGCGAUGGCUGCAGAAGGGCACGACCUGCAAUCAAUACGCAAUAUGGCAACGGAAGUUAACAAAAAUAUGGCUACCCUCGGAGUGUGUUUGAGUGCUUGUUCACUGCCUGGACAACCGCCUCUGUUCGAUAUUGCACAAGAUGAGAUGGAGCUGGGAGCGGGCGUGCACGGAGAAGCUGGUAUCGAGAAGUUGAAAAUGGGUUCCGCCAAAGAAACAGUCGUUCUCAUACUCGAUAAGAUCAUAGCUCAUCUCAAACUCCAGCCCAACAACCGAGUAGCAGCCAUGAUAAAUAACUUGGGUGGUACAUCACUCUUGGAAAUGAACAUUAUCGCCGGAGAAAUUAACGAUUAUUUGGAUCAGAAGCAAAUAAAAAUGGAGCGUAUUUAUUCCGGCCACUUCAAAACGUCAUUGGAGAUGCAUGGUUUCCAAAUCUGUUUAUUGGACCUGAGUGGGGAGCAUGGGGACUCGUGGCUGCGUCUCCUCGAUGCGCCCACGGGGGCCGGGACCUGGACCGGCAGUGAUCUAUCCGUGGGAGGUCCCGGGGGCCUGGCGGAGGAAGACGACUUGCCACGGGCUGGUGAGGGGAAGAUCAAAUCCGGCCCCGCACUUUCUGUCAAAGAGCAGGAAGUAUUUCGCGAAAGUCUUCGCGCCGCAGCAGCUGUGUUGGUAGAGAACGAGGAGCUGCUGAACAGGCUGGACUCAGGGUGUGGAGACGGCGACUGCGGGAUCACACUCAAAAAGUUUGCGAAUGCGGUGUUAAAAUAUUUGAAAUCAGCGUCGUUGGAAUAUCCCUCUAAUGUGCUGUGGGAGUUGUCGGACAUGGCGGAAACAGACAUGGGAGGGACGUCGGGAGGAAUUUACAGUUUAGGACUGGCAGCAGCGUCGCAGGCUUUAGCUAAGGCCACAUCCAAUGACAGAAGUGCUUGGUUGUCAGCCAUGUGCAGUGCAGCGGCCGCCAUCUCGAAGUACGGAGGCGCGGAGCCCGGCGACCGUACCAUGUUGGACACACUGCACCCAGCCGUGAUCGCGUAUAAAGAGAACUUGGGCGCUGAUCUCAAAACUCUCCUUCUGAAAAUCGACGAAGCAGCGCAGAGAGGGGCGGAAGCUACCGUCAAUAUGAUUCCAAGGGCGGGGCGCGCGGCGUACGUGUCGCGCGCGCGCGCCCGCGGCGCCGACGCGGGCGCGCGCGCGCUGGCGCUGUGGCUGCGCGCGGCGAGCGGGCGCGCGGCGCUGUGACGACUGGGCUAUUUCAACACGGAAAGAAGAAUGCCAGUAUGACCACUGACGCCCACCGGACCGGAUUUUAUCAGCGAUUAAAUAAAGUUUAACUAACUAGCACAGAUAAUAUAUUGUACGAGUACCACGUAGCCUGCCGAGAGGUGUCUGUCCCGCUUUACGUAAUUACGUGCCUUAUAACGUUGACGAUUUCCUUAUUUCGUGCUGAUAUGAAUUUAUUGUCAAUGAUAACGAAACCGAUAACUUUUCCUGGAUGAUGCUCAUAAACCCAGCAUCUCAGUAAAAUGACAAAUUGGUUGGCAUGGUCGGUUACUUGCCUUGAAGGUUGUGGGUUCGAUUCCCACCCAGGACAAACAUUUGUGUGCACGAACAUAUCUGUUUGUCCUGAGUCUGGGUAUAAUUAUCUAUAUAAGUAUGUAUUUACAAAUGAAAAGUAGUAUAUGUAGUAUAUCAGUUAUCUGUUUUCUAUAGUACAAGCUCUGCUUAGUUUGGGAUCGGAUGGCCGUGUGUGAAUUUAUGUCCCAGGAAUUAUUAUGAAAAAAAAAGUUAUAUAUUAAACAUUUCCAUAACGAUUAAUCAAUUUCAAAAUGUUAUAUAGAGAAAAUAAUUAAAAACACAUUUAAUAUUUCAAUGCAUCAUGAAGCAAAGAUAUAUCUGUAAUAUUACAUCGAGUCAUGUUUUCAAAAAAUUAUUUUCGAUGACAAAUGUAUAAAUAAAACAACGAAUUCCAACAUCAUAUGUAAUCAUCACAAUAUAUUAACAAUAAUUGUUCUAAAAGUUGUGUAAUUAAAAUAUUAUUUACUAUGUUUUAUGAUAUAUGUCGCACUAUAUUUUAUGCUCGACCGUUUUUGUUUAUAAUAAUUUAAUAUUUGAUCGCUUUUUUUUUGUUAUAUUAUUUUUUAUAAUAUCAUUAUGAUAAAAAAAAACUUACUAAAAUUGUGUUAUUAAUUUUCUCAAAUAUAAAGUCAAGCAAAAAUAUAUAUUCGAAGUUAUAUCCCUUUUGAGCAGUUACACCAAAAUUAUACUUCGAAAAAAAAAAAACGUAGCUAGAAUGAGGUCCAUCCCUGUGGAAUUUCUAAUCCUAUGUGAUAAUCAAACAUAUCUAGAUUGUGUAGUUUUAAAAGAUCAGUUUGUAAAGAAUAUUGAUAUCUAUGAGGUUUGGGUCAGAGCCUCUUGGUAUCUUAAAUACCUCUUUGCUCAAAAAAAUUAACAUUUUACAAUAAAUAUGAAUAAUUAGUUUAACAAAGUUGUAGCACCAUUAGCAUACUGUUGUGAUAUUGUUUACUAAAAGCUUUAAUAAUAUGUAUAAAUAUCAUAAGAAUUAAAAUUCAAAUACAUACGAUACAUUAGCAACGAUUAUUUUUUUUAUAGAGUCAGUAUUAAACUGAAGCUAGGUAGAGGGAGACGGAGGUGUGCCAUUCGUUGAGAA